UUUAGUGCUUUUUACUUUGGCCAAUGUGCCUUAAUUUUUUAACAAAGUGCAUGCAUGGAUCAUUGUACAAGAGCUGAGUGUGCAUUGUGUGAAAAUAUUUUCAGGAUGUUCGAAGUUAUGCAUUAAGUGUUAUGCCUUGCUUGUAAGCUCUGGAAUACCUACUAGGCCUCUUAAUAAUCCACAAGUUGGCUUUGGCACACUGUAUAUUUGCCAAACUAAUGGCAGAGCUUGUCAGUGUUUAAGUGAAAGUGAAGUGGGAACUUUGCAUGCUGGCACUUGGCUGUGCGUCACAUGAUUUCACUAUAGGAGCCUCACCUACACAUUUCAUAUUACGAGCCCCACAAACUGUACAUGCAUGCACUGAUUUAAAACUGUCUUGCAGGAAAACUAGCUUUACAAUUAUGAAUAUAGCCCCCUGUAUAUUGUUUCAUUUAACUUGUAGCUGUCAUGUUUCCUGUGACACUGCUGGGAAGAACUUUCUCUGUCCUGCUUUUUUUUUUUAAGAACCACGAUGGAAGAAGUGAUCCAAAGUCACCUGUCUGCCUUUUCCUCAGCGCAUUUCUGAAGGCACCGCCUUGAAGUGCGGGUGCUGGCGGGCCUUGGAAUGACCUCUGUGAGCCACUGGCAGAUCGAUGACAUUGAUGAUGCUUUGGCUGCGGAUUUCGAUGGCAGCCUCUCUGGCCUGGGCAUGGAACUGGGCACUGCAUCGUUCAACAUGAGCGAUGCUUUGCUGGCUCUGCCUAGCCUCGCAUCAGUGAAGCAAGAGAUGCCUCGAGAGAAUGGCUAUGCCCUGGCCGAUGCCCUUAGGCAAGGUCCUGCAAGCGACUGUGGCAGCAACAGCUUGGGACCCUCCUCGGAGGCUCGGUCAGGGGUGCACGGCAAGAAGAACCGGCUGCCCCUGAGCACCGAUGACGAUGUCACCGGCGCCAUCAAGCGCUUCUGUGUCAGCACCUCCAGGGAACCUGCCGAGGACACCAGUCCAAGCCGGUGCCGGCACAGCUCGUCAGCUCCCGACCUGCGCAUGGCCGUGUACCAGCCGACAGCACCACUGUCUCUGCCCCUGCCACGCCUUGGACCCGGUGGGGAGCUGGCUGGCAACGUGUCGACAGGUGGCUUUCAGUACUUCCUGGGAGCAGCCACGUCCAUUGCUACCAAGCUACAUGAGGAGACCAUGACCUACCUCAAUCAAGGUCAAUCGUACGAGAUUAAGCUCAAGAAACUUGGUGAUCUCACUGAAAUGCGGGGGAAGAUGCUGAAGAGCACCAUUCGAAUUGGUUUUCAAGAACGUCGGCUGCAGUACAUGGAAAAAGAACAGAUUACUCAGUGGAUGCGGCAGAGACCAGGCGAAAGGAUACUUGAAGCUGAUGUGCCCUUGUCAUAUGGAGUGUAUGAAGUGGUCAACACGCCAAACAAAGUCCACUUCUGUGAGUUCCUUUGGGAUCCAACCAAAGAGACAGGAGUUUUUGUACGGCUCAACUGCAUCAGCACAGAGUUCACUCCCAAGAAGCACGGAGGUGAGAAAGGUGUGCCCUUCCGCAUCGUCAUUGAGACAUAUUCACACGGGGAGCCCGGGCCACCACAGAAGUUACACUCGGCGUCCUGUCAAGUCAAGGUGUUCAAGCCAAAAGGUGCCGAUCGCAAGCACAAGACUGACCGUGAGAAAAUGAUCAAGAGGCCCCUAGCCGAGCAGGAAAAACAUCAGCCUUCGUACGAUUGCACUGUGUUUACUGAGUGUAUUUCCGAGCCAGCAUUUGCACCUGCCAGCCCUCCCCUGAGUGCCAGUGGCAACAGCAACAGUGGAGCCACGAGCCCUUCUGCAGCAUUAGCUGUUGGGGCCCAAGGUCCUGCUGCUAUUCCAGUCGGAGCGCAGGGUCCGUCUCCGACCACACCAACCAGUCUGUUGCCUGUCGUGUCCAGUGCACCCACUACUAAGCCGCCACCGGUGGCCAGUGUUCCACCGCUGCCUCCCAUACCUGUGUCUCCUCCUCAGCCCAUCCAGCAGCGACCUAGCAGCACCAGCAACUACUCACCUCAGGGGAGCGGCGACAGCUUCCCUCCUCCUGCUGCAAGCACCGCCAUGCCUGACCAGAACCCUGGAACCCCAGGCAGCUCAACUAGUGACAUACUUGAAGUUUCAGAUGCAUCCCUUUCAUCACCGCAGAAUUAUCAGUCCCCCAGCUCCCAGUUGUCAUCGGAAGCCAGCGCCAGUGAGACAUCCCACUGGCUACAGCAGAACCGCUUCGCAAACUUCACCCGGACCUUUGCUAGUUUUUCUGGUGCUGACAUUCUGAGACUCACAAGAGACGAUCUCAUCCAAAUAUGUGGUCUUGCUGAUGGCAUUCGGCUUUUUAAUGCCUUACACUCAAAGACUAUUCGGCCACGGCUGACUGCUUAUGUCUGUCUGCCUACGGAACAAGUGUUCCGGGCUGUGUACCUGAGGAGCCUGACUGUGCUGGAACUGCUGAGCAAGUUGACAUCACUGUGCAAUGUCUCCCCUUUCACCGUUCAUGACAUCUACAUCGACGGUCCCUCUGGAAUUCAUGUGCUGGUCACUGAUGAGGUGGUCCGCAACAUGCCUGACGAGUCAAUGUAUGCCAUGGAGCUUCUGAGAGGUCCAGACGAUGAAGUCUACAGCCUGCUUCUCAAGUCUUAUGGAACCAACACGAGGACAUGAUGAAUUGCCUGUGUAGCUACCUUUUCCAUCGUUAGUUGCAUUGGUUGCAUAAUGGUUCUGGCCUCACUGGCUUCAUUCUCUCCAGUUCCAUCUGCCAGGAAUUUCGUCAAAACUUUCACUGAAACCCGGUACAUCAAGCGCAUCUAUUUUGGACAACAGAACCUGCUGAACUUGCAGCAAACCAAUGCUUUGGGGUGCUGUGCUAUAGGCACGUGAACUUGUUUUGUGAAAUGAGCCUUGCGGCAUCAACAUGUGACAAGAGUGGUUGGAAGCAUUGUUCUGACGUGAUUUGUCAAAUGAUUUACUGUGCGCAACUGUUUCACAUUGUUUAAAGAUACAUUAAUUUCUUAACCAUGAAGUCAUAUCUGCCCCACCUAUUUAAGUGCAUGUGAAUAUGAGUUUGUACAGUUUGCUAUAGAUCGCUACAGAGUUCACUCAAAGGGACUGUAACAAGUCUUGUUUAAAAAAUGGCUUCCCAAUGAGCCUUUGCUUUUAGAGGUGAUGCCCUAGCACAAGUGAUGAGAAUCAGUCGUAGAUAAAUUUGUUCCCAUGGUGUCAAGUGAUGAAAAAUGUUAAUUUAAUUGCAGUUAAGUCUCACAAACGGUGCACCUUUCUUCCUUCAGGCAAUGUGCCUGAAGGAACUUGUUGAUAAGUGAAAACACUGAAACAUAAUCAUCCAAAACCCUACCUUGUUUCAACCAUGUGGGCAUGAUUUGUAUCUUUUCGAGCCUGUGUACUGCUUUCUUGGGGUUUUUUCUUUUACGUGGGUCAGGCAUGCGGCUCGCGCAGAACUAUGUGUGCGGAAGGGAGCACAUGGGACUGAUGAAAAAGGCUGAUUGCUCCCCCUUGGGAUUUUCGAACUGCUCUACGACUGACUGCAAAAGCUUUUGGAGCGUAGAAUAAAAGCUUAGUCUUGUUGCAUUUUCGUCACUGAACCUGGUAUUCAGAGGUUAUGGUUGCAAAGAGAAGUACAGUCGUACAUUUAUAUAACGAGCACUGAUGUAAAGAAUUGUCAUGUACAAUGAAGUACAGUUAAAUCUCAAUAUAACAAACUUCAGUAUAACAAAAUUCUCAAUAUAAUGAAGUAUUUAAUUUUUAUAACUUCUUGUCCAUUGAAUACCGUGUACUUUGAACCUCAAUAUAACGAAGUGUAUUUAUACAUAAUUUCAGUAAAACGAAAUUUCACUGCCAUGCCGCCACAAAGGAAUAACAAGACAAUAAAUGGAAACUUCCGCAGACCAGAUGAUCAAAUAGCUGAACUACAUUCGGCUGCUUGUGAACGCACCUCUUGUACGCCUCCUUUAAAAGCACGGCCGACCAUAAGCCACUGACCUGUGCUCUGCGCUCUGUAAACUCCUGCUGGCACGCACACAGCACAUGAACUUCUCCAAUUGUCAUAGAUCUCGGAGCUUACGACAAGCAUGGCUCUCAGUGUGGCUGAGCGCAUAUGCAGCCAUUUAGCAUUCAAGCAAUGUAGCAGCUCACCAUGUUGCCACCGCCGAAACACAUCACAUAUGAGCCGUAUACUUGGGGUCCUUCGUUUCUGGGUUAUAUGUUGCAAUUUGGCUGUAAAAAUAGGUUGUUAUCUUUUAAGAUAAAAGCAGGGGAGAAAUCGGGUGUUUUGUUGUCUGGCAGCCCAAAGUUCGUGAUUUUUCUGGUAACUUUCACAAAUGAUUAAAACAAGCAUUGGUCUCUUUUUGGACACAAAGGUUCUAUUUAAACAAGCGAAAUCAUUCAGAGGAGCGUGCAAUGGUAGCGGGAGCUGCUCGCAAAUCAAGUGACAAGCUCAUCUCUAAGAAUUCUUGUUGUCUGGCAUUAUUAAUUGAAAUGAAACCACAUUAGCGAAAACAGCCAAUAGAGGCCAGUUUGCCAAUCCUUUCUUUGUUCUCUGCAGUUUUUCAGUAAAGCAAAAAAGUAAAAAAAAUAGUGGAUGCUGCCCUGCUUAGCAGGAGGUGUGACAAUUCUCGUUAUCUUAUGAGCCCUUGUUGACAUACGUUAUCAUAUGCAUUGCAAGCAUCUCUACGUCCAUCCUAAACCUGUCGGUUGUUUUGGCCUUGUGUGUUGUCCAAUUUUACUUGUUCCCAAUAGGACCUCUUGCAACAAAACUAAUGAAAUACCAAUUAGAUUAAUUACUUGCCCCCCUCUCAAACAUAAUGUUACGUGUAGCUGUAGCCCAAUGCUAUAUACAAUUUAUUUAGAGGAAGCUAACGGAAGGUCAAAAUUGCGACGCUAUAUCAAGCGGGUCCGCGUCGUCUUCCUCCUCUUCAGUGCAGCCACACUGUGGUGGCUGUUUCGUAACAUCACCCCCGGCAGUAGAAGCACCGUCCCGGUGCUUAAUCUACACAUCCGCGGUGAAAGGUGUAUGGUAUGGCUUUAGUCUCGCCACGUGAACGAUGUCACUUGCAGCCGACAAUGACGCUUAGAGGUCGGCGGGGACGACUUCAUAUGUGACAUCGGUAACUUGUCGCACCACACGGUAUGGGCCAGUGUAACGUGACAGCAGCUUUUCGGAAAGGCCCACACGUCGAAUGGGUGACCAAAGAACCCGGAGUAAAGUGCACGUCGCAAUGGUGGCAAUCGUAGAGGCGUCUCUGGUGCUCCUGUGAGGCCUCGAGACGGGUGCGGGCGAACUGGCGUGCGUGGUCGGCAUGUGCAAUGGCAUCGCGGGCGUAUUCAGUAUCAUAGUUGGGUAAACAUAACCUCAACAUUGCAGCUGCAGUUUGCAGUACAGUGUAACGUUUGCAUGGCGGUAAUUUGCUUCCUAGCACAUUACCGCCGAUUACAUGUAUGUGACGUGCAGGAAAUUUAAUGUAAUACACCAUUGGGGCAUUCAUGUGAAUGCGGCUACAAUAAAAAUGCAACAAACAUUUUUUCACUCAACAUCAGCAGGUGCUGAACAUAUUACAUUUCUAUACAUGCCGGUUUUUGCUUAAGUGCUAAGCGCAAACAAUGCAUACACCAUAUCCAUAUAUAAUAAUAUUUGUAAUAGGAUAUAUCUCACAAAAUGCAAAAAGUGUUCAUUAGUUUUGUAACACCUGCAUUUAUCAUUAUCCCUAAUGAAAUGAAAGUCAUUGUGGAGAAACCGGGUUUAACCCAGUUUGUAUUAAUUUUAUUCAGGGUACAAAAACGGGAAUUAUUGGGUUUCACCAGCGAAGGACCCCUUGUAUACUGCAUCCGGGCGACUCUCUCAUGCAUCCCUUUGGACACGCUAGGUCAUAUAGCGGCAGACAGGCGAAGUCUCCUUUUCUGAGAUCGCACCGGCGCUCGCUAAUUCUGAGAAUUUAUUUCUAUCAUUUGUGACGCAGUGCUGAAGUGUCGGACUGCUGUGCUUCAGGAACCCAUGGGACACAGGUUCGAAUCCAGUCAACAUUGGAGAAAUUUUAAAAGAUCUUUCUUUAUUGAAGAGAAAGUGCUGUAAAGAGGCUAUGUAUGUAUAGAGACACAAUAUGGCUGAAGUUGGCUAAGAAUGCUAAUCACAUUAAAAUGUUAAAUAGUCAGCGAGAACACCUUAAUAUGGCACAGUCUGAAUGCUCGUCCAAACAUCCACAAGGUGCAUGCUUGUAAUUUAGCAUAGUUCACAUGCAAUGUAUUAGCAUGGCAAGCCACGAAUGGGCAAUUGCAAUUUUCAGGAGACCCUCUGCUGACCUGUCAUUUGUGAUUGUUUUGCAUAAGCUUGAUCGCAAACCUUUUUUUUAAUGUGUACGCUUAUAGCAAAUAUAAUAUAGUAUGAAGAAGAUAUUUUCUUUUCAUAUGGGACUCCGUUAUAAUAAGAUUUGACUGUGGUGUACGCUUCACUUUUCUCUUUGCAGCAGGAUAAAUUAUCAAUGAUGAAAUUUAGUUUUUUCAAGAAUCCCAUGCUCAAAAAGCUUUUGCAAUUGGGGGUGCAUUCAGUUUGUUUUUGAUGGAACAGCUAUGUACAGUCACUAUUUUGGUAUGUUUUACUUACACGAAUGCAAUGUCUGCGCUUAGGAAGAGCAUCUCUGCUGAAGGCAUAUCAAAGACUCGUAUGUUGAACACUCAUGUGUGUCUCUGAUAUGUCUUUGUUGCCAACAGGUCUUUCUGCCUUGCUGCUGAGUGAAUGUAAGCACAUCAAGAUGAGACAAAAUACUGCAAUGCUGUGCUGCAGCUAGGAUGAAUGCAUCAGCCAGCCAGCAGGUGUACAGUUGAACCUUGAUAUGAUGAUUCUUGGUUUUAGACAACUUGCAGUUACUUUAUUAUCCAAUCUUGAUACCAUUUACAUAUCUUUUCCUGCGAUUUAGCUAAAUUAUUUUGUCUGUUACUUCACUUUAAUGCAGUCCUCAUGCAUUGUCUGUAUGCUCUGGAGCGUUUAAUGACAAGCAUGAAAUAAAAACAGCGGGCUCAGAUAGACCUGCUUCUAUGAGCCUUUCCGCACACAAGCAAGACAAAGAGUUUGCAGGAAUAUGUGGAGACUAGAAGUGAUCAGUGCAGGUAAAUAAAUUCUCAGAUUUAAUGAAGUUAAUUUAAAAUGUUUCUUACCAAAUGUGCACCAAACAAAUAUUGGGUAUGUCAGUCAUUAUACAGAUUUAAAAUAGCAUUCUGCACUUUACGUACUUUAAAUGAAACCGCUUCGUGGAACACUUCAGUAAGUGUCCUUUUAAACUUUUAGUUUACUGUACAAGAACGCAAACGUAAAGAUGUUAGAGACAGGACGCCACGUGGUGUCUUGUGCCAAACAUGUCCAAGUCAAGACGGACCAUUAGCAAAGAUACUGUAAUUUCUAUGCUGAUGUGCCUCAUCAUACCUACGGACAGCAAAAUUGACAAACGAUUUCAGAAAUUGAAUGCACCAUGCACUCAUAACUAGUGUUUUAGGUGAGUUUAGAAGAAGCGAAAGCUCAUUUUAACAGUUACUGGCUAUCAACAAAAGAGCAUAGUGAUCAUAACAAUUCAUGCUAAAGUAGGUUGCACAAGUGCCGCCAUGUUUCACUGCUAUAUUUCUUAGUAUAUGUAAACAUUACGUGCAUUAAGCUCACCGAAGGUAUAUUAAGAUAGCGUGUGUAAACUACAGAAACCCAAUGACAUAGUAAGAAGCAAGGACAAUGCUAUUUGCUUGCGUACUUAAUGCAUUUACUUUUGCUUGCAAAUGCUAUUCAAAAACUUUAAAUUUUCAAACCAGGUUAGACUGUUAUGAUGAUAGGUUCAAUGGUAGUCGGUGAACAAGGGAGGCCUCAGCCUGGAGUCCGAAGGCCGAAGUACUUGAAUUCAUCAGGCACAAAGACAUGUCCCUUUGUCGAAACAAGGCUGAGGCUUCAUUGGUUUACGCACUGUUGAUCAUUUGCGCAUAUGAGUAUCAUCAGCAGGUGUGGGCGAGAGUUGAGGGAAACCCAUCUGUACGCCAUCUGUCGUCUCGCCAUAAAAUGUUCUAGGGGCACGUUCCUUUUGACCCUCACACUUCCUCCUUGAGUGGAUGUAGGACAGCAUAGAUUUUCCUACUAAAAUUACUAAAAGGGAGUUUGGCACUGCGAUUAUACAGCUUCUAUGGGAAUGGUGAUUAGUACACAUGGAUUUGUCUGAUCUUCGUGCACGUGGCUUCAGACAUUCUUGUGGCGUUAUUUACUACUCUUCAUCUGCCUUUAUUGACCUUAAUUUGGAACCAAUCUUAUUUUUCUCAGUGCGGAAUGCAAUAAGACUCUGUGUACAUGCAUGAUCAUUGCCAAUUAUUAUUGCAUUUAUAAUGCAAUAUGAUCAGUUCAUGAAGUCACAGAUAUGUUUGAAGUCAGAAAGACGAAGUUUCGGGAAAUCCGUGCACUUCUCGUCGAUCCCAUGCUGGCUGAACCACAAUGCUUGCAGUUCUCGUAGACACUAAUUCUACAGUUCCUCUAGAAACUUUUUAGGAAACUCUGAGGCACCAAGAAAAAGCCUGUCCUUUCUUUCAGUAGUGCUCCUUUCACCAAGAAUUGACCUGUUUUAUUGCAGCUGUCUGUUAUCGCAGUGCAUUUCACAGCCUCAUACAUUGGUGCUAGAACGUACAGGGUACUCACUUUCAUUGUAACCUAAGGAAGCACAAGAUGGAAGGCUAGCACUUGUUGCUAGUAAUAAUGGGACAGUGUAUAUGGCCCCAUGUUAUGAUGGAUUUGAACAGCUCAUAUAAGUUUUGUUCUCUCCUGGAAAUGCCCACAUGCUAUCUUUAAGCUUGUAAUGUACAAAGUGACAACCACUAUGAUCGGCUGCAAAGUUAUCACCCUAAUUUAUCUUGAGAUUUAGUUCGUAAUUUCUUAACAACCAGACUUUAGCUGCCAGAAGUGACCUAGGGGUGCCUGUUGAUUUGUAUUGCGAUAGGAACUAUAUGGACACUCCAGGCACAUUUCAGCCAUCACCGUCACCGAGAGGUUCCGUACGAGUGAAAGCGUGUGAGGGUGAGCCAGCCUACGCAGUGAAGUCUCGUGUGGGCGAGCGAGGAACGCGGCCCGGAUGCAUGCCCGCUCCUGUGGCGAGGGAGGAGGGGCGUUCUUCUCCGGCGGCUGCUACGCUGCCUCGAUGUCCUCCUCACCCACCACUCUGCAUAGAGUGGAGACAACCGCAGCGUCUAUGACGGUGUUGGUCAUGCAAAUCGCUGACGCCAUAGUAGAUGCCUUUGGUGAACAGCGUAGGGGCACAUUGCCGGCGCUCGUGUGUCAUGAAAGCAGUCUGCAACGUGGCUUAAGUAUGCACCCGCGCAGGCCUCGUCUUGAAAGUGAUCUGUGAUGUUUACAGAGUGCACAUAGUGCCGGUAGGCUUUGUAUGCGAUGGGCUUUCAACGUUUCGUUCUCGGUGAAGCGAGAGAUGCAUGAAGAUUAAUUCGCUUGCUGUUGCCGCGAUUCCUCACUCCAGAAUUUUCAUAGCAAGUUUCCACACUCAUCAAGCGAGAUGUGUUUAUGUUUACCUGUGUGCGCGUGACACCGUGCUGGGUAAUUUAGUUAAAACAUGUUGACGUGCUAGUUGGUUUGAAUCCAUGAUAAAACAUGUAAGCGCGACUGAAUGAGGACGUAGAAAGAAGCAGACACACAAACACAGUGCCGUCUCUAUGUGUCUGUUUCUUUCUAUGUCCUCGUUGAGUCACGCUUGCACAUUCUAUCAUUGUUAAUUUAGUUAUAGUAAGCGAAUGUUGAAAAGCUUAUAUGGCCGAUAAAACUACUGUCCUUACUUCGUACAGCUAUCUACUAACUUGCUAUCAGAAUUGGUGCUUCGCCUUUUGGGCGGAACUGCAAAUUUUUCAUUAGCUGAAGAAUAAGAGCAUUACCUUUAACUAAAUUUUCUUUUAAUUCUUGGCAUGAGAAAGUACAACUUCUCGUACUUCCAGCCUGUUAUAUCAAGGUUUGACUGUAUUCCAGAUGUUGGCUUUUGCUGCACUUUCUUUGUGGUGUCUGUUGCAUGAAACAUAGUAGUAUCUGUUGCAGCUGUUUGUUUAACUGUUUGUAAGCUAAACUGCAGAAUGGACAUGUUAGUGGUAGUGUCUCUGUCUGCCACUUAUACUUGCAGCACCAGUAACUAUCACACCAUUGCAGUUGUUAAGGUACUCUCUGGGAAAGCAGCUUAAUGUUUCUGUGACAAACAAAAAAGGAAAAAAGGCAUUUUGUUCCUUUAUAGUAUGCCAUAGGGUGCCAGUGCAGUGUACACAUAGCCUGAGAUCACAUGCUCAUGUACUAUAGUUGUCAAAAACUUAUAUGGUGUUGGGGUCUGAGAAAAAGCUGAAUGUUUCUGUAGCCUGAGCUCGUAAUCUUGUAUUAGAAUCCUCCCAAGACCUCUCGUACGUUAUAUUGCAUAUUGGCUUUCUCAAAGUUAGUUAGGAAAUUAUUACGUAAAAUAUCCAUGCUGAAUAUGAAAUAUCCCUGUGGAAGUGUAUCAAAGUGCAUUAGUUAUAUUCUUGACACCACCUCUUAAAAAAACUGAAAAUUAAAAAAUAAAGGGGUACUAAUUUGAAGUAGGCCAUUGUGUGGCCAUUAACAGUGAAUGGCAGCCAUGAACUGUGUUUUGAAUGCUGGGAAAUGACAGAAAAAUUCAGGAUAAUUGCCAAAUGCAGCAACCCACCACACAAUGUUGCAUCAUCUCUUUGCUUAUACAAACAAAGCAGCUUGGCCAUAUCAGACAUGACGAGAUGGUCACUUUGUCCACGUGCAUGGUGGUCCAGAUUCUGGCGUCCAACGAGUAUAUUUAAACAAAAAAUUGGUCUUGCAUUCAUCACAUACCAAUCAGUAACAAAAACUGACUUGCAAAGUGAUUGAGGUGCCUAUGAGUCCUGGCAGGAAAUGUGAUGAGCCUAGUGUUGUAUCGUUUUACUGACUACAGGGCCUCAAUUAAACUUUUAUUGCAAUAGCAAUUAUGCUUGAGGCACAAAACACGGUCGUCACCGCCAUUGUCAUGCCAUCCCGCUCGACGACACAUGCGUGGCUCGGGCAUGAUGAGCUAGAGGGCCUCCUGGGACGCGAAGUCUAUUUGGCUGCAACAUCAGUGAAGCAAAAUGAACGCACUAUCAGUGCUAGGCUCAAUUGCCUUGGUGGUGGAGCCAGGGCAAAGUUCCUGCUGAACUGCUGUGUGUAUGCACUGUUCGGAGUGGAACGGGCAGUAAAUGUCAAGCUAAUGUUAACUAAUAUUUUACUGGGUGCACACUAAUGCUCAUCACACCAGCGUUAGAUGCCUGGUCGCUGCCAGGGCACUGUUUUCUAUCAGGCAGGAGUUGCCCUGUGUGCUGCAUCAUGCCAAGAUGUUGCUCUCGCAUAUAGUGAUAACAUCAUCUGAGGAGUCCAAGCAUAAGGCUGUCAAAUGUCAAUGCUGCUUUCAAUCACCGUCAGUGCUUCGCUCUUGUAGCGAAACUGGCAGAUCUUGUUUACAGAGCCUACAGCCUGUAAACCUUGAAAUGUCAGUUUUGAGGGUCACAGCAUAGUCUGCAAACGUACAUCCUCACAGCUGUACAUUGCCUGGACACCCAUGCAUGCUGUUUGACUGAGAAAACACAGUAGGUGCUGUAGUUGAUACACUGGCUUCCCACACAAAGGGUUGAGCCUUGAAUCCCACGGAUGUCAUGAAAAUUGCUAUGUAGUUUUUAACAUAUCCUCUAACCUGUGCCUUUCUCCCAUUGGUCCAAAAUUCCAAUAAUUUUCUUUCUUAAAGAAUUAUUUCUCACAUAGUCGACAUCCUUUGCAUUGUUUGCAGCCAGGAUGAGACAGGGCACUGUCUUAUGCUUGGUGGAAUUAAAGAGCUUCAAGUCGAGGCCUGUUUCUGAAUACGGGGUUAGAAGGAAACUAAAGUUUGUUAAGGCUAUGUAUCUGUAAUAAUUGCCCACGUGACUGUGGCUAUGAGUAUGGUGUUAAAUGGUCCUUGUAUGUGCGGAAAGUAUGUACACAAAAUUAUCCGAUUGUCACUUUAAAAUGUGGCUGUUGUCAAGAGCUGCUGGCGGCAGUGUCCCAGUGCUCCUGUAUAUGAAGCUGCACUCUACGGACUGAUCCUUCCUUUUCUUCCUGUUUACUUACCUGACCUUUGAUUUGCACUGAUUUAGAACGUGCUGUGUUGUUUUAUCUCAGUGCCUUAAACACAUGUUAUCGGGUCUGUUGGGUUAUGCACAGUGGGAGCCAAAAAUACUAGUUGCAUGCAGUGAAUUGAGCCAGUUGAGGGUAGCAUUCUACAGAUAUCACUGUUUCUCAAGGAGAAAGAAUAGAUAUUCAUUUUUAUUUUGUUCUGUACCCUCAGUCAAUUACCAUUCUGCACAGUGAUGCUGUUUUAUAUGCAGCAUGCAAGGAUUUGCCAGCAUUCUUGCCUUGAGCCACGUGUGUACCUGGCAAAUGUAUUGAACUGACAUAUUUCAAGUUAUUGCUUUGUAAGUGGGUGGCAUAAAUUGUUGCCUGCAAUGUAUGUUAACUUCUGCUAAAAUGCUGUCACUGAUUCAUAGAAAACCAAGCUGUGAGAUGCUCCAAACAAUUGAAUGUGCUCAUACAUUGGUUAUCACUGGAAAUCGCAGUAAGAAGCAAUUAGGAGGAGAUACAUUAUGUUGUCCCACAUACACAUAACUUCACUAGCACUGUAGACAACUUGAGGCACGUCAGAUGCUGACUUCACCUAGUUACUAAAAUGGGCAACGUGCUUGUUGCUGUCCCGUUGGUGUUCUGUCACCAUGGUUACCACAGUGACCUAAUGACAGGACUUGCUUGCAUUCCAUUUUAUUAAGUGCCAUAAUCUGCCAUUAGAUGUCGCUUACGAAACCUCCUCCCCCACUUUUCUAUACAUGUUUUUCAGUGUGUGAUGUCUAGUUGCCUGUUAAUGCUAUCACUAAUCAGACUGUCCUCCUAAGAGCUUCCUUCUGCUGGAGAUGUGGGCAGAUGUUAACAGUUCCAUCACUUGUAUCAGUAUUUCGUCAAGGCCAGUAUGUGCUGUCUUGUUUGCAGUGUUGUAAGGACUCUUGCGUGGUGCAGAAUUUUAAUAUUUCUUUUCUGUCAUUCAUUUGUCAAAGUUAUAUAGAUGUUCUGCCGUACAGCUUUUAGAAAGAGACACAAUCAUUUCGUUGUACACGCUGUUUUUUUUUUUUUAUUAUUAUGGUGGAACCCUAUUAAUUUCUUGUGCAGCACAGUUGCAAGGCAUGUGUUGUCAUCUCAGCAGCAGAGUGUGACUGAUUGAAGGGGUCAUGACUGGUUCAUUUUCUAGCGAUCAUUUGUGGUUUUCGUAUUAUAUUUGGCAUUUUGUUUUUGGCUUUUUGCUGCUAACAGGAGCUUUCACUGGAUUUGUAUAGUGGGCACUUAUGGCAGAGCUGUUUUAAGCAUGCCAAAGGCUUUGAAAAUGAACAUGCUAAUGCAUUACGAGCAGUAAACAGCGCUAAACAACAGGACAAAGAGAGGGACACAGACAACAGCAAAUGUGUUUUUCGUGAGCAAGCCGGUAGUUGACGCUGAAGAAGCAGGUAUACAGACCUAGAACCCUGUGCACCUGCAAUGACCGUUAUACGUGCAGCUCAUCAUUUAGAGCAGUUACUUCCAGGUUGAUGUGCCCAUGCAAUGUCACACCAGUUGGUCCUUUAGCUUCAAGUGUAAAGCCAUAGUUUCUUGUGCAUUUACAUUUCUUUUCAAACUGUACUUUCAUUUUUUAUUUCAUUUGUUUUUGCUUAGAAUUCAAUGUUAGCUGUUCUUACUCUUUCAUUUUUUGGGAAAGCAUUCUGAAAUGGUACAAAGACAUCUUCAUUCUCUUUUGCUUGUGUACAACUCAUUUGUAAUUUUUUCCUAGGUAUGCUAGGGUGCCAUUGACAUUUGGUGCACAGUCAAGAAUACAUAGAGCAUUUCCUCAUUUUAGCACAAGAAGGAACAUAUGUUUAGCUCACGUAUUGAGAAGAAUAAGAAAGUAACAUGUAGGCUCAUCUCGCCUCUCUAAAGAGUCAACAGAACUAUUAGCUUUACAAGGCCUGUUGCACUUUUCUGCCUAGGUUGCCUCACUGUCGCCUUGCUCCAUCGAAUCACUAGCGUCAUUGGGCCACUUUGCUGUUAUCUUGACUGUACCCCCAUCCAGUGGAUGCAGGGCUUUUCUCAACAGCUGCACUGUUCUGUCUCCACGUAUUUCUCUGUUAUUAUUUUAUUAAAAAUAUUCAGUCUCCUUCCUCCAGCAUAAAUGAAUGAAUCAUGCCUUUGCCUGGCUUGCUGGGCUGUUAACUGGCCUCCUGUGUGAAAAGGCUACUCGAGUUGGAUUCUUCGUUGAAAUGUCGUGAGAUAGAGUUAUGUCUAGUAUUUUGUGGCUGCUGAUGGUUUAUCCAUUUCACUGCUGAUGUAUUAUGGUAGGAAGCUAACAAAUACCACUACUUAACAAUGUCUGUCUUAGUCAUCUUUGUGGUUUGUGGCAUUCCCAAUAUAUGACGCCCCCCCUCUGUUUUUGCUUUUGGUUUAAUGACUUCAUAGCAUUGUCCUCUUGUGAGUAACCAACUUGCUUUGGGUGCAAGAGAAGUGCUGAUAAUAGAAAGACUGACGAGUUUUGACUGUAGUUGAUAUGUAGCAUUUUUGGUGGGAUGCUUGCACAGUGGAUUGUACUUAGAAGCAGAGAGAAAACAAAGAAAUGCAGUGUUCUGAAGAGCCGGCCAUCACAAGAUGAAAGAGCUGCGCCGCGCAUGCUGCAGCUGUAAGAUACAAAGUAUUGUAUAUAUGCCUCUGCAUAUUGUUACAAGUGGUUUGAGUUAUACAGCUAUUCAAAAUCCUUAUUUCUUCUAAGUCUCUAUCAUAGGUGCAGUUCGGAAUUACAUAGGCAGUGGAAGGUAUCUUUUUUUCUUAGCAUGGCAUUGUGCAAUAAGUUGUUACAUUUUGGUCCAUUAUGGGCAGGGAUAACUGGUAGGGCCUGCAGGGAAAUUAUUUCUAUUGUUUUUGUUUGUUUGUCUGUACUUCCAUCAUUGAUAUUUUUUUUUUCGCAGCUUGCCUCAGUCACUUUUUUUGAUCAUUUGGUGGUGCUCAAUUUCAUUUAUUUUGCGUCAUUUCAUGUUGGGGAUCUCGCCUGAAGAACUUCAUUGUGCCUGUUAGGUGGGCUGAAUGUACAGCUCCUGGUUUUUUAUGCUUGUCAAUCUAGCGAAUUUCACAAUGGUUUCUUCUUUCAUUUUUUAUCAAUGGCAACCUUUGAUCUUUAGCGUCUUUGACCUUUCUCAUACACAAGUUUCUAUUGCUUAGUUGUAGUUGUGCAUGGUAUUGUUCACUUCACUAAUGUGACACCAAUGAAGUGUCCUUUACUUAUUCCAGAAGCGCGUGGUGGACGCCCUGGUACAUUCUUUUUCUUUUUAUUGUUUGUUCUUUGCCGGUGUCUGUCGCUUUUGUGGUGUGUGCUGUACAUCAUCGGUUAAAGAGGGUCUGUUUUAUGGUCAGUCAUAUAGAGAUGAAAAAAAGAAAAAAAUGAUAAGACAUCUCCGUUCAUGUUGACCUGCAUUGUUCAUGUUUUGUGCACUCGGGUGCAAAGAUGUAGUUUGUCACUGCGUUUGUACAGAGAGCUCUAUUUUUUCCAAGACGGAAUAAUAAAAGAGUCUAGGCACACGCAUA